GUGGGAGGCAGCUUCAGAGGCGGCCGCCCCGCAGCCACUCCUCUAGACUCUGGACGCGCGGAGACCGGGGCGCUCUGCCUCCGCUUUAUAAAAGCGCCGCGGCAGGGCGGCGGGCAGCCCGGGCGGCGGGGACAGGCCUCGGCGGAGCUCGCCCCGCGCCGCGCCCCCACCUGUUGCGGCGGCCGCUGCGCUCCGGCGCGGGCUGCAGACAUGGGCCGCUACUCCGGCAAGACAUGCCGGCUGCUCUUCAUGCUGGUGCUCACCGUCGCCUUCUUCGUGGCCGAGCUGGUCUCGGGCUACCUGGGCAACUCCAUCGCGCUGCUCUCCGACUCCUUCAACAUGCUGUCCGACCUGAUCUCGCUGUGCGUGGGCCUGAGCGCCGGCUACAUCGCCCGGCGCCACCGCGGGGGCUUCCGGGCCACCUACGGCUACGCCCGCGCGGAGGUGGUGGGCGCGCUCAGCAACGCCGUCUUCCUCACCGCGCUCUGCUUCACGAUCUUCGUGGAGGCCGUGCUGCGCCUGGCCAGGCCCGAGCGCAUCGAUGACCCCGAGCUGGUGCUCAUCGUCGGCGCCCUGGGGCUAGCGGUCAACGUGGUGGGGCUGCUCAUCUUCCAGGACUGCGCGUCCUGGUUUGCCUGCUGCUGCCGCGGCCGCCGUCGCCGUCUGCAGCAGCAGCAGCAGCUGGCCCAGGGCGGCGCUCGCGGCGAUUUCGGGGACUUCCAGGGCGCAGGGGACCCGCGGUACGCGGUGAUGGCCCCUGGCUCGGACUCGGCGGUGAUCCUCCGAGGAGCCUCGGUCGAGAGGAAGCAGGAGAAGGGGGCGACCGUGUUCUCAAACGUAGCAGGUGAUUCCUUGAACACCCCAAAUGAGCCUGAAGAGAUGAUGAAAAAGGAGAAAAAGUCCGAAGCCCUGAAUAUCAGAGGUGUACUUUUGCAUGUGAUGGGAGAUGCCCUGGGAUCUGUGGUUGUGGUCAUCACAGCCAUCAUAUUCUAUGUGCUUCCCUUGGAAAACAAGGAGCCGUGCAACUGGCAGUGCUACAUUGACCCCAGCCUGACUAUAGCCAUGGUCAUCAUCAUUUUGUCAUCUGCCUUCCCACUAAUCAAGGAGACAGCUGCCAUUCUGCUGCAGAUGGUCCCUAAAGGGGUCAACAUGGAAGAGCUGAUGAGUAAACUCUCUGCCGUGCCUGGAAUUAGCAGUGUACAUGAAGUGCACAUCUGGGAACUUAUAAGUGGAAAGAUCAUUGCUACCCUGCACAUCAAAUAUCAGAAGGACAGGGGAUAUCAGGAUGCCAGCAUGAAAAUCCGAAAAAUUUUCCAUGAGGCAGGAAUCCAUAAUGUGACCCUCCAGUUUGAAAAUGUGGACUUGGAAGAGCCCCUGGAGCAGAAGGACUUAUUUUUGCUCUGUAACUCACCUUGUAUCUCCAAGAGCUGUGCUAAGCAGCUUUGCUGUCCCCCUGGUGCACUACCUCUGGCCCAUGUCAAUGGCUGUGCUGAACAGAAUGGCAGCCCCCCACUAGACAUAUACCAAAGUGAUGGCCUCAGCAGAAGAGACACAACAGAAGUGGCCAUCGAAAUCCCUUUGGAUGGACGUCCAAGAGACCAUGGACAAGCUCUUAAAACCCAGGAGGACCAUUGUUAUGUCAACAGCACACAUUUUUAAUCUGGUACCCACAUGAUCAGACUUUAUAGACAAGGCACUUUGGAACCACCACCUUGGCUUGUGGAAAGAGCUUUGUGGGUUGUAGGCUCUGACCAAGCUUGCAGUGCGCACUCUUUGGAUUCACUAAGGGGUUGGCUGUUUGGGAUUUUAGUUGAAUGUGUCUGUUAAUCUUUAUGUAACUGAUAGCCCUUUUCCAUUCCCCUGGGUGUCUCAUGCUGCUGUUGGAUAGUUAUAGCUUGAACAUUCAUUUUUCUAAAGUGAACUGCGCUGGUGUAUAUAUCAGGGACAUCAAAGGCUGGGACUCAAUGAAUAUAGACACAGUAUUCAAGGAAGUUCUUGUUUUUAAACUGAUUAGAACUUCUAACUGACUCUCAGGUGAGCUCAUAGCCUAAAUAUGUUGAAAAUAACUGAAUAAUAGCUAUAUGUUCUCCAUUCUGUUAAAGAUCAUAAAGAAGGAAAGUUAGGUACUUAUGGCACUGCAGACAUAUCUUUUUUCAUUGAUUCAUUUUUAAAUAAAUGUAAAAUAAAUACCUAUUAAGGUAGAAACAUGUUCUGAGAACAUUAAAGGAGGUACAAUUUGGUAGGAAGGGGGCAGAAAAGUGGUUUUUUAACCAUUUUGUCAUUAUAUAAGAUGAGAGAAAACUAAUGUUUACUUUCUGCUGUGUACUGAACUGUGGCUAUAGAGUGUUUCAAAUGUUUAAAUAUAUUUCUACUUUCUUAAGUAUGACACAAGUACUUAUAUACUGUCUUUUAGAGUCAGUACAGUCGGCACUGUUUUCAUUUAGUGCUUUGAUAAUGAUGUACUUAUUUGUCCAAAUUUUCUUGAGUUUUCUUUCAUAGGAUCACAUUGAUCUAUACAGAAUUUACAAGAAAUAAACAAGUAUUCCCAAGAUAGGAGAAUAUAUAAUAUUGAGGGUUCAUUCCUUUCAAAAAAAUAAGCUAGACUGUCUUUUCUUUAAUUAGAUACAUUUUAAAGUAUUUAUUAUAGUUGCGACUAGUACCUUGAUGGAAAAGUUGAUGUCCAAGAGAAAAAUGAGAAUUAAUUUAAUUGCUGCCUUUAAUGUGUUUUGAGGAACUUAAAGUUUUCCUUUAUGUCCCUGAUCCAUAUUACCGAGUUCGAAUAAAUGUUUUAUAAUCUGAUUCAGACCCAUAACCGAACCACGUUGGUUGUGGUGAAGCAUCUGUCACAUAUUUGACACAUUGUUUAGACAUCAGUAUUUAAAUCAUAAAAGUUUCAUAGAUUAGAAAAUUAGAGAUACAUCACUAGAGAGCUGGGAUCUUUGAUAGGUUUCAGGAUUGACUUAAAAAUGAUCAUUUCUUGGUUAGACUCUGUACAGGAUUUAUCGGAAGUGCCAGGUUAGUUGUGGAAACAACAUACACAUAUUUCAGGCUGAAGCAAAUAACAUGCUGUGAUCAGUAGGCAGGAAGUGCUUUUAUUCCUUGAAAUUUUAUUAUCUGAAUUUAAAUUGGCCAUGAAUUAGGUAAAUAGAUACAUGCUUGCAGAUGUUUUGAUUGCUAGAAGUUCAUUGGGCUAGCUUAUAAUGUACUUUAUAAGCUUAAAGGUGUAAAAGUAAGACAUUUCCUUUUUUAGCAUUAAAAGUGUAGCAUAUACUCCUAGAAACCAUAGGAGUCUCUGAGAAACUUACCAUGGUGAAAUGUGGGCCCAAUGCUCCUACAUUGGUUGAGAUGCCUUAGUUGGAACUAAAGAAGAAAUUUGUCCCUUACUUUCACAUGUGAAGGUCUAAUUUGAUUUCACAUAAUUCUCCCUUUAUUAAUAGGGAAAAAUUGCAAUUUUCCAUUUUGGUGCAACUGGGCAAAAGGAAUGCAGUACUUUGCAUUCAUACUUAAAUCUCUAAAGUAUUUUUCUGGAAAGGAAAAGACACUUAAUUCUACACUUGAUCUUAGCCAAAAGGCCGAGAAGCAAGACACAUAAUUCUAAUAUAAUUAAAUCUAACCUCAGAAAAGUUUUUUUGUUGUUUGUUUGUUUUUUUUGGUAGAGACAGAGUCUCACUCUUUAGCCCUUGGUAGAGUACCGUGGAGUCAUACAGCUCACAGCAACCUCCAACUCCUGGACCUAGGCAAUUCUCCUGCCUCAGCCUCCCAAGUAGCUGGGACUACAGGCACCUGCCACAACAGGCUAUUUUUUUUGUUGCGGUUUGGCUGGGGCUGGGUUCGAACCUGCCACCCUUGGUAUAUGGGGCUGGCGCCCUGCCCACUGAGCCACAGGUGCCGCCCUAAAAGUUUUAUUAUUAUUUUUUUGAGACAGUCUCACUCAGUCACCCUGGGGUUGAGUAUUGUGGUGUCAUAGCUUAGAGCAACCUCAAAAUGAUUCUCAAGUGAUUCUUUUGCCUCAGUCUGCCAUGUAGCUAGGACUAUAGGCAUCUGCCAUAGUCAUUUGGCAUCUGGCUAUUUUUUAGAGAUGGGAUCUUGCUGUUGCUCAGGCUGGACUCGAACUCCUGAGCUCAAGCAAUCCACCUGCCUCCGUCUCCCAGAGUGCUGGGAUUACAAGUGUGAGCCAACUCGCCUGGCCCUCAGAAAACUAUUUUGUUUGACACUUAUGAACAUAACAAAUUAUGAGUCAAUGUGAAAUAAUACUUUUAAAACAGUUUAGCUGACUGCAUUUAAUAAUGUCCAAAUAAGCUCUGUGCAAUAUUUUCGUAUUGGGCUAAAUGGGUUGGUUGCCUUAGCCACUUCUGGCACUGUGAGGCCUACUCUUUGGUACUUUCACUUGGGUACCUUACUUUAAUUGUCUGAUUUUUAGUUCUUCCAAAGAGAUACAAGGAGUUUCUUUCCCCCUUUGAGCCAACCCUGCUUGGUGGCAGUAGCAUCUGAUGAACAGGAGAUUGAAAUAGCUCUAUUUUGCUUCAAGAUUUAGAAAAACUGCUACAUAGCUUUGUAUUCCUGUGUGUAUAGGUUAAUUCCCCAAAAUUCUCUCUUUCUCUUUUUUGAAAGAACUGAAUGUAAGUUUUUAAAAGUCUAUGGCAUUCUCUGUCAGAUCAGAGAUUCAUUGUCCUGGCCUUCCGUAAUGCCCUUUUGCUCCUGUACAAAGGGUCCUUUCCACGUUAUUUCAACACCAGUUAUAGAAAGGACUGUUAACUUAUUUUCCAGCUUUGAAAUGUGUUUGUGAGAACACAGGUUGGUGGGGCAUGGGAACUCACACCAUAAUCCUAGCACUGUGGGAAGCUGAGGUGGGAGGAUCCGUUGAGUGUAGGAGUUUGAGACCAGCCUCAGCAAGAGUGAGAUCCCAUCUCUACUAAAAAUAGAAAAAUUGUCUGUGUGUCAUGGUUGGGCACCUGUGGUUCCAGCUACUUCGGAGGUUAAGGCAGGAGGAUUGCUUGAGCUGAGGAAUUUGAUGUUGCCAUGAGUUAGACUGAUGCCAUGGCACUGUAGCCUGGGGCAACAACACAGUGAGACUCUGUCUCCAAAAAUACAAAAACAACCCCUCAAAACCCUCAGAGGUUAAUUUUUUUCAUAUUUGGCCUAUAUGAUAUUCAGAGUCCAUUGUUGACAGAGGAAAAUAUUAUUUCUCUAACUUUUUGACAAACUGUCAAUAAAUUAGGGAGACAUUAUUUGAGGAAGAAUUGAAAUUAUGCUUCUUCUUUAGUCACUUAUUUUGUCAUUGAAUGAGCAAAUUAGUGGCAGUAAAUUAGGAACUCCAAAGUUUGGGGGAAUGGAUAUUUUGAAUGUCAAGGAAACCAAUGAGGCACAUUUUUGAUUAUACUAAGGCAGCUGCCCUAAGAGCUUUUGUGAUGCUUACACCAGGGACUCAAUCUUGGCACUGUGACAUUUUUAACUGGGUAAUCCUGGUGUGGGGGGCUCUGCCAUGCAGGUUGUUUAGCAGCUUCCCUGACCUCUAUUCAUAAAUGCCAGUAGUGUCUCCCACACUGUGACCACCAAAAAUAUCUACAGACAUUGCUGCAUAUCCUCUGGGGAAAAAUUUUGCCUCAAGUUUUGGACCCUCGGCUUUUAGUGAGGGCAGUUUAGGGACAUUGUUAAUGAAAACCUCUCCAGAGCCCAAUAGUCCUUUCAAUUAUGAAGUCUGCAAAAUUCAUUCUUUAAGAAGGUAUUUUUAAAGGCUAAAUUGAGCUGUUUGUAAAAAAAAAAACACAGUUGACUCUGCAUAGGAACUUUGGACAUUUACUUUUUUUUUUUUUUUUUGGUAGAGACAGAGUCUCACCUUAUCGCCCUCGGUAGAGUGCCGUGGCGUCACACAGCUCACAGCAACCUCCAAAUCCUUGGGCUUAGGCGAUUCUCUUGCUGCAGCCUCCCGAGUAGCUGGGACUACAGGCGCCCGCCACAACGCCCGGCUAUUUUUUUUGUUGUUGUUGCAGUUUGGCCGGGGCUGGGUUUGAACCCGCCACCCUCGGCAUAUGGGGCCGGCGCCCUACCCGCUGAGCCACAGGCGCCGCCCGGAACUUUGGACAUUAAAGAAAAAAUAUAUAAUUUGAAACAAAAAGUCCUUACAAAUCCGAUUAUGCAGAUUGGUCCUUGUGACAGUGGAAGAAGAGAAAUGCGUUUGCUCUCUCACUGUUCUGUCUGGUCUCUUCUGUUCAGGGAUAUCUUCAGUUUAUUGGGCCCUCGACUAAAUGAGACUAGAUAAUAUCAGUACAACUGAUUCUUGGGGUUAAGGUGUUUAAUUCGUCAUAUUUAAAUUUUUUUAGCUUGAUAAGGUUUCUUGUUAUUAGUUCCUGGUAAACUGCUCAUCUUAGUGCUAAUGAUAAGUUCAGACAUUUUAAAAAAUGUUUAAUUGGGCGGUGCCUGUGGCUCAGUGGGUAGGGCGCUGGCCCCAUAUGCCGAGGGUGGCAGGUUUGGACUCCGACCCAGCCAUGGCCAACUGCAACCAAAAAAAAAAGUUUAAUUAUUUAUGGCUAACUUUACCCUUUUCUCAAUCAUAUACAUUUCCCCCAAGAAGGCAGAAUCCAUUUCCUCAUUUGAAAGUAUUCUGCUUUCACACUCUUGCAGUUUAAGACUGCAAAAAAAGGCUGGUUUGGGAAAAAAUGAGGAAAGAUGACCUGUUUUGGACUUUGAAUUUAGAUUAAUAAUCACUGACUGCAUGCCUGUUUUAUAACAGUCAUUCACCUGAUAAAUUGUCACCUGUUUAUAUUUCUGAGUAUAUUUUCACUCAACCAGUCACAGGCAGGAAUGAGGUUUUUGAACCAGGAGACUAGUUUCUCAAAUGGAAUUUGGGUUGGGCCAUAAUCCUUCAUGUAAUCUCCAUGUUCUUAGGAAUCUAAAGUUUAGGGAAUGCAGAUGUGUGUUUUUCAGGUGCUUCUCUUUUCCGGUGUUUUGUUCUGGACAUUUUUGUUUAUAUGAAACUUUCUUGGAUGUUUGCUAGAUGAUCAACUGUCACCUGUUAGUACAAAGUCAGGCCAGAGACACUGAACCUGCUCUGAAUUUCUCAUGAAAACAAGCCAGAAACAAUGGUUUUCUAGGGAGAGUGACCCCUUCCUGAAGGUCUGAGGUUAUGUUACAAUAUUAUGUGGAGUUUUGUUGCUUAAAUUUCUUCUGUCCUCACAGGUAAUUUUGCAAAAGUGUAAUCCUCACAUUUGAAGGAAUUGUUAAAACUCUUAAUGUGGAAGUCUAAAUAAAUCAUUACUAAUUGCAUGUGAACCCCCCAACAAUGUACGUACAUAUGCACACCUUUUAAAGGUGAAAAUAUUCAAUGGUGCUAUGAAUAAAUUAAAAAAAUAAAAA